AUGUCAAAUGACAUACCAACACCGGAGGAGAAGGCCAAGUACGAUGCGGCGAAGAAGGAGCUGCUGCAGGCUCUCGCGAAGAAGCGGAAUUUGGACAAGCAGCUCGCGCUGAUAGAAGUCCAAAUCUACAAUCUUGAGGGCUCCUACUUGACGGAGACUGCUGCACACAGCGGAGGCAACAUCAUCCAUGGCUUCGACGGCUAUUUCAAGAACCAGCCCAGCGGCCGGCGGAAAUACGAAAUCAGCGAGCAGGACCGGAUUUUCUCUACAAGCAGCAUGACAUACAAGAAGUCGUUGGAACUGUCAGGCGAAGGAGAAGAGUCAACAGCAACAGGAGACGACCAGUCGCGAAUGUCCACCCCUGGCCUGACUACCGUGAUCGUGCCCCCUGCGCCAAGGCCAGAGGUGCUCACGGCGGCACAGCAGAAGAAGAACAGGGAUAGAGAGUAUCAGCGCAAGAAGAGGGCGAGCGCGGCGGCGAACCGGAAACAGGGCGAGACGCCUAUCAGCGACGACGAGAGCGUGUCAGGGCGAAAACCGAUGAAGAGAGCACGGUUGAUGACUGACGAGGAUUGA